AUGUCUGCGACAGACGCUGUUAGCGGGAAGCGGAUCGACGGCACGCGCCUCGCUACCUCGAUUCGCGCCUCGGUUGCGGACCGCGUUGCGGCGCUCAAGGCGAAGCAUGAGGGAAUUGUGCCCCACCUCGUCAUCAUCCAGGUGGGCGAGCAGAGCGCCUCGUCGACGUACAUCCGCAUGAAGCGCCAGGCCGCCGAACAGUGCGGCAUCCGUGCGACGCAUGUGCAGUUUCCGGCGGAUGCGACCGAGGCACAGCUCUCUGCCGAGGUCGAGCGCCUGAACGACGACGACGGCGUGGACGGUAUCCUGAUCCAGCUCCCGCUUGGCGAGCACAUCAGCGCCGACGCGGAGCGCCGCAUCCUCGAGCAGGUCAAGCCGGCGAAGGACGUCGACGGCUUCCACACGCUCAACAUCGGCCAGCUCUCGUCGCGCGCGUGCGAUCCCUACUUUUUCCCGUGCACGCCGGCGGGCAUCAUCCGCCUGCUCGCAGACGCAGGCCUCGACGACCUCUCGGGCCUGCACGCGGUCGUGAUGGGCCGCAGCGAUAUUGUCGGCAACCCCAUGGUGAGCCUGUUGCGCGGGAAAAACUGCACCGUGACGCAGGUGCACUCCAAGUCGAAGGACGUCGAGAGCCUGAUUCGCCUCGCCGACGUGCUCAUCGUCGCGAUUGGCGUGCCCAAAUUUGUCAAGGGCGAGUGGCUCAAGCCGGGCGCGGUCGUGAUCGACGUGGGCACAAACUACGUGCCGGAUUCGACGCGCAAGUCGGGCCAGCGCCUCGUCGGUGACGUCGACUACGCGUCCGCCGAGCCGGUCGCCAAGGCUAUCACGCCGGUGCCGGGCGGCGUCGGGCCGAUGACCGUCGCGAUGCUCAUGGACAAUACGUACAUUGCCGCCGAGCGCCGCGCCGACCGCCUGACCGAGCGCCCGCGCGCGGUCACCACGCCGAACCCGCUCGAGCUCGUGCGCCCGGUGCCGAGCGACAUUGAGAUUGCGCGCGCACAGACGCCCAAGCCCAUCGGGGCCGUCGCCCAAGAAAUCGGCCUGUUGAAGAGCGAGCUCGAGCUCUACGGCAACACCAAGGCCAAGGUCGCGCUCAGUGUGCUCGAACGCCUGCAGCACCGCACCAACGGCAAGUACAUUGUCGUCGCGGGCAUCACCCCCACGCCGCUCGGCGAGGGCAAGUCGACGACCACGAUUGGUCUCGCGCAGGCGCUCGGUGCGCACCUCGGCAAGCCCGCGUUUGCGUGUGUGCGCCAGCCAUCACAGGGCCCUACGUUUGGUAUCAAAGGCGGUGCGGCCGGCGGCGGCUACUCGCAGGUGAUUCCCAUGGAGGAGUUCAACCUGCACCUCACUGGCGACAACCACGCGGUGCAGGCGGCCAACAACCUUUUGGCUGCUGCGAUCGAUACGCGCAUGUUCCACGAGGCGACGCAAAAGGACGCCGCGCUGUUUGACCGCCUGUGCCCCAAGAAGAAGGGCGUGCGCACGUUUGCGCCGGUCAUGCUCAAGCGCCUCUCCAAGCUCGGCAUUGACAAGACGGACCCCGACGCGCUGACCGACGAGGAAAAAGCGCGCUUCGCCCGUCUCGACAUCGACCCCGAGACGGUGACGUGGCGCCGCGUGACGGAUACCAACGACCGCUACCUGCGCGACAUUACCGUCGGCCAGGCGCCGACUGAAAAAGGGCUUACGCGCCGCACCGGCUUUGACAUUGCCGUCGCGUCCGAGUGCAUGGCGGUAUUGGCGCUCAGCCGCGACGUGGCCGACAUGCGCGAGCGUCUCGGCAACAUGGUCAUUGGCUCGAGCCGCGCCGGCGAGCCGGUCACGGCCGACGACAUUGGCGCCGGCGGCGCGCUGACCGUGCUCAUGAAGGACGCGAUUAAGCCGAACCUCAUGCAGACGCUCGAAGGCACGCCCGUCUUUGUGCACGCGGGCCCCUUUGCCAACAUUGCGCACGGCAACUCGUCGAUCCUCGCCGACGCCGUUGCGCUCAAGCUCGCCGGCCGCGAGGAAAACGAGCCGAGCAGCCGCACCGGCUACGUCAUUACCGAAGCCGGCUUUGGCGCGGACAUUGGCAUGGAAAAGUUCUGCAACAUCAAGUGCCGCGAGAGCGGGCUGGUGCCGGAUGCCACCGUGCUCGUGGCGACUGUGCGUGCGCUCAAGUCGCACGGUGGUGGCCCCGACGUGUCGCCCGGCAAGCCGCUCAGCGAGGUGUACACCCAAGAGAACCUCGAGAUCCUGCGUGCCGGCUGCUCGAACCUCGCCAAGCACAUUGACAAUGCCAAGAAGCACGGCCUCAAGGUUGUCGUGGCCGUCAACACCUUUGCGACCGACACCCCCGCCGAGACGCAGCUCGUGGUGCAAGAGGCGCUCAAGGCCGGCGCCGACGCUGCCGUCCCGUCCGACCACUGGGCGAACGGCGGUGCAGGCGCCGUGGACCUCGCCAAGGCCGUCAUUGAGCAGCUCCAGGACACCGACUCCCAGUUCCAGUUCCUCUACGACGUGGAACAGCCGAUUGACGCCAAGAUCGAGACGAUUGCCAAGGCGAUGUACGGUGCGGACGGCAUCGAGGUCCUACCCGAGGCGCGCCACCAGAUCGAUACCUACACGCGCCAAGGCUACGCGAACCUGCCUAUCUGCAUGGCCAAGACCCACCUUUCGCUCUCGCACGACCCCCUGCUGAAAGGCGCGCCGACCGGCUUUACGGUGCCGAUCCGCUCGGUGCGCCUCGCGGCCGGUGCGCGCUUCCUGUACCCCCUGUGCGGUGCGAUGCAGACCAUGCCCGGCCUGAGCACGCGCCCCGGCUACUACGACAUCGACUUGGACGCCUCCGGCCAGGUCCAGGGUCUUUUUUAG